AUGUUACCGUCUCGCCUAAGGCAACUCACCCGUCAGGAGAAUAUCCUCAUGGUGGUGGCGGCGUUGUCGCUUGCUUUUUUACUUUUACAAUUGGCGGGUUACGACGACCAGAGCAUUACCGACGCUUUCCGCAAAGCAUCUUACUCCUUGGGCCCCGAUAAGCUCAUUGAAGGCGUAGGCAGCGGUGCUUUUAUAGAGCAGGAGGUGCUGCCACUUUACAAGUCAAUUCUUCUACCGGCAGGGUGGAAAUUUGACCACUCCAAAGUAAGACAGCAUUUGCAAAACACAGCCAGCCGAAAGUGGCGCAUAGUACAGCCAAAGAGUCUGACUGCAAAGAGCCCGGGCAAAUCGAGAACAAAAUUCAUCCCUCAUGAGCCGGUUAACUUGUAUCAUUCUGCUAAAGACUUGGCUGGUGACCAAUGUGACCGCCAGCUAAACAGCACGAUGGACGCUUUGGAGGUAAACUCGAGGGAAACAGUCCCAGGCAAUUUCACUCACAUAUUGCAACUUCUUAUAGAAGAACAUGACCAGUAUCAUGAUCCAUACUACCAGGAAAUUGCACCACUUUUCAUGAAGAGUACAAGAAUAGCUCUACAGAAGGAACUAGUGAGCGCUUUUUGGUACCGUCUUUCUGGUUCCUCUGUGUGGCUCAAGGACCACAACGUGCAUUUAUUGAUAUCGAGAUUUUUGUACUCUCCAUGGAGAGGCAGAAACAACCCAAAGGCCAGUUUCGUCUUGGCUCAGGUAUUUGAUAAAGAUUGGAAAGAACUCAAAGAUGUCCGUCUCGUGUUCCCUACAAACUCGCUCGAUGAUCCCGAUGCACCCGGGUUUGAAGCUGAUGGCCAGCGUUUUCAUUCCUAUAGAUUCCCCCGCCUUUUGCCCGUGCCAUUUUUUAACGACUACGGCAAGAGCGACGUUAAGUACAUGGGUCCCGAGGAUCCUAGACUUGUCCUUAUCCAGAAUGAAAAUGGUUACGAAGAACCGCUAAUCGUUUUCAAUGCCGACCACCACAAGAUUGUGAAAGACAAAGAUGGAAAGGAACAAGACAAGGGCUUCCGAAGCAUGUUUAUGGCAAGACUUUUCCAGUUGCAGAAAGGAAAAGGUGGCGUUGAAACUAACGUCAAACCUUUGACAAAUGAAAUGUUCUUUGUCCGUACAGAAGAGCUUGGAAUCAAAGGUAAAGAUCGUCCCAAGAAAGCUAAAAAUUGGACGCCAAUGAUAAGUGAGGUUGCUAGGGAGAAAAACGGGGGACACCAUAAAAGAAUCCUUUUUGUUACUCAAAUUGAAAACCUUGCGGUGAUCGAGUGUGACUUGAUAGACAAUCCCGGAGAAUGUGUGGAGGUUUACAGCAGGGAGGGCAAGGUUGGGGAGAUGCGUGGAGGUACGCCGCUUUUAAGUGUCAAUUCAAUUCUCAAACAGAGUGAUGUGCCUGUUGACAAUAUCCUACCUCCCGGACGAGAAGUGUUCGUGGGAUUUGCAAGAGCUCACUUGACUCAUUGUGGAUGCGGAAUCUCCUUCUAUCGUCCCAACCUCAUGGUCAUUACCAAGGAUGAAGUGACCAAAAACUAUGGAAACAAAGUUGAGACCCAUUUCUUUUACAAAGUCUCCCACAUAUCUGGAUUCUUAUCAUUGCAUGUCCCCAUAGACCCCUGGCACAUAGACAAGCCUUACGCGAUUUGCCAGGGCGUUAACGCUUUGAUUCCCAACGGAGUUUCCGAUUGGCACAUUGAUGCCCUUGAAUUUGAUAAUGGUCAAUGGAGCGUUGAGGACAAGUUGUCGAUUGCGUUUUCUGUUUCCGACUUCAGCGUUGAUCGUGUCGAAGUCAAGGGCAUUCUCAAUGCUUUACUCAAUGGUCCGGACAAGUCCUUAUUUUUGCAGCCGCCAAGCGCUCCUCCAGUGGAUAUGGCGGCGUUCAUGCCCCACCUCAAUGAAAAAGGUGAGCUUGCCAAAGACGUUCCAGGCUACACUAACACUAACGUACACUGCGCUAUCGAGAACGGUAAACGAUACUGUAAGAAAUUCGGACAAUCAGAGCUGGUUAUCGAAGAUGAGCAUAGACACGAAGACACCUCCAUGUACAAGGCUGUGUAUGACAGCAAGGUUAAGGAAUACGACGAGGCAUACCGCAAUACCGAGGAUGAGCAGGGUCCUUUCUACUAA